GUUUUUGCUGUGAUAUGGCUCAAAUAAAUACAGCUUGGUCAGCAGAAGAGGCUUCAUUAAAAAAAGUAAUAAAAACUUGACUGGUAGUGUAUUUAUUUAUUUAUUGCAUUAAACACCAGCAUAUUAUGGUUUUUUCAGAGUGUAUAUAACAGAUGUUUUUACUGAGAGAAAAAAACAAUUUUGAUAUUCUUGCAUCAUUCCAACAGCAAAUUUUAUUUUAUUUUUUAUUUAAUUUCCCUGAUCAAUAUUAUUCUGAAUACAGUUGCAUUUUUCUGUGUUUUCUAUACGGUGUUUUACGGUAAUUCAUCCCAUGAUUCCUUUCAGCCAAACGCUAUUUAUGGUUUGUUUCUACAGAAAGAUUGUGCCGAAUAUAGGGACAGUGACUGCCAAAAAACAGCUAUAUUAAGAGUACAGUGGAGCCUACAUUUCUCCAAACAUUUUAAAGCUUAUCGUAAGCGACAGACAUGAAUGCUGCUGAUUUUCAGACGCAGCUAACAUCCAUAAUGGAAAUUAUGGCGAGAACCGCUGUUGCUGAAAUAAGCAAACUUUUCGAGGAGAAUUCUUUGUUGUUGCGAUUAGAGAUUACACGACGUACAAGCGAAAACGAAUCUCUGAAAAAGAAAUGUCAUUUUCUGGAGAACGAACUUCAGUCUGCACGGAAAAGCGCUGGAGAGAUGAACGGGACAGAGGCUCCAUUCAGUCAUUCGGGACUUACAGACACCGAACGCCAGCCCACAAUUGACAAUGUCUUUGGAAAGGAAUGGUGCAUGAACCUCUGGAGACACGAGGAGACAAGCGCUGGUCAGAAGGACGACACACACCUAGAAUCUUCAGUUAACCACACAGAUGAGCCAAUAAAUUUGCUGGAUGAAGAACCAGAUGUGAUUAUGAUUAAUGAGGAGACGCUGAAGGAUGACGGUGGCAUUGGGGAAAAUAAACCCGAGGAAGAUGGAAGCAGCAGUUUGAGAGGACCUGCAGUGACCAGUAAUGAAAGUUGUGUCGCCCAAAGCUCUGAUGAUUUUAUUACAUACACGGUACCUUCAGAUGACCAAGUCCAAUCGAAUGUACACCAGACACAAGCUGAAGAACAACCUCUUGAUGGAGCUACACUUGGAGACAGCAUAACAGAAUCACAUCUGAGCCCUGAUGUUGGAUUUAUUCCUAAUAAUCUGAAUUUCGAUGAGACAGUUACAGCAAAGAAGAAAUUCAAGUGUGUGUUCUGUGGAAAAACCUUCGAGUAUUUAAGCCAUAUGACUAGACACAUGCGAAAACACUCUGGAGAAAAACCUUACGUCUGUUCAGUCUGUGGUAAGCGGUUUGCGCAGAAAACAUAUCUCACAACUCACGAGCGCACACAUUCCGGUGAGAGGCCGUACGCGUGCAUGGAGUGCGGAAAGAGCUUUUCUCAAAAAUCCUCUCUUAAUGUACAUAUCCGAAGCCACACUGGAGAAAAGCCAUAUAGCUGCUCACACUGUGGUAAAAGCUACGCCUUCAAAAUUGCUCUUAGAACACACCGGUGUUAGAAUAGAAAUAAAUAUCUACUGAAUAUUGUCUGGUUAGUUUUAGUAUAACACUUCUGUCUAGGUUGUUAUAGAAUAUCCUUGUUAUCUGUUGUUAUAAAAUACAUUUUAAAAACUUGGGAAAAAGUCGAAGUACAUUAAAUGCUGAUAGUAAAGGUUGUUUGUUUACAUGUGCAAUAUUAUGACUAUAA